UCCGCCCCCAGUAUACGCUGUCUCCUGGCUUCGAGUGUAACUGUGUGGCACCUGUUAAUUUCCAGACUAAGUACACCCUGAUUGAUGAGCAGGACAUCCCUCUGGUGGAGAGCUAUUCCUUUGAGGCUCGCAUGGAGGUUGAUGCUGAUGGAAACGGUGCCAAGAUCUUUGCCUAUGCCUUUGACAAGAACCGAGGCCGGGGCUCCGGGCGGCUGCUGCACGAGCUCCUGUGGGAGCGGCACAGGGGUGGCAUUGCCCCUGGCUUCCAGGUGGUGCACCUCAACUCAGUGACUGUGGACAAUCGGCUGGACAACCUGCAGCUGGUACCCUGGGGCUGGCGGCCCAAGGCUGAGGAGCUCUCCAGCAAACAGAGGGAGCAGAGUCUGUACUGGCUGGCUAUCCAGCAGCUCCCCACGGACCCCAUUGAGGAACAGUUCCCGGUCCUGAAUGUCACCCGCUACUACAACGCCAACGGGGAUGUGGUGGAGGAGGAGGAGAAUUCUUGUACCUACUAUGAGUGCCACUACCCGCCCUGCACCAUGAUUGAGAAGCAGCUCCGAGAGUUCAACAUCUGUGGGCGGUGCCAAGUGGCCCGCUACUGCGGCUCCCAGUGCCAGCAGAAGGACUGGCCUGCCCACAAGAAGCACUGCCGUGAGAAGAAGCGCCCCUGCCAGCAGGAGCUGGAGCCUGAGCGGUGACCGUGUGGCGCAGGCCCUGCCGCAGCCGGCCUCACGUGGGCACGCUGGACACACUGGUGGCUGGACCAGGAGAUGCGUGCAGCCCGGUGCAGUGCCCAUGGCCACAGAGACCUCGCACAGACACCUCCAGCGCUGCUCAGGUGGAGCCAGCAGAGGCCACCAGGACGUUCCCAUUAUUUAUAUGUUAAUAUGUUUGUAAACUCAUGUACAGUUUUUUGGGGGGGAGGUGGUGGGAGGGUUAGAAGUCACAAAUAGAACCGUUUGUUGUGAUCCUGAAGCGGGCCUCGCCUCUCAGACGGCCCAGGGCAAAUGCCCUAGCCUGCAGUGCAAAGCGGGUCGAGCCCUGGUGCCCGCUCACCGCCACCUGCAUGGAAGUCGUGUUUACACAAAGUAAAGGGGCGAAUCACUCAA